AUGCAAGAACAUCUUGGUCCUCAAGGGUACCAGAUUAAAAUUUAUGAAGGAGUCUGUGGGGCGCUAUGGUAUUGUGACGAGUCGUUUGAUUCUUCGCCUAAAAAACUGUGCCUGCUAAAAGUGGAACAGCGUUUUUACGGUUUACGAAGUGUGCCAGCCCUCUUAAACAAGAGUUAUUACUGUCACCAAUGUAACAAAGGUUACGAUCAAGAAAAUGCAGAGCACCAUAAUUGUUCUCAUCAAAACUGUAACAAGUGUCGAAGAAAUAACGGCGAAUGUUCUGAUUUUCAAGAAAGAAAGCCUGCCCAUGUCUACUGCAAUGAUUGUGGUCAGACCUUUUACGGACAAAACUGUUUUACCGCUCACAAAGAUUCUAAAGCUAAGAAAAAAGUGAGUCUGUGUCAAAAAUUCAAAAAGUGUCCUGAGUGCUGUAAAGUGUACAAGUAUUCCAAGAAAAAGAAGCAUGUGUGCGGAGAAUACCGUUGUCCCAACUGCCGAGAGAAAGUUUUACCAAAGCAUCAGUGUUACAUUCAACCACUUGGAAUGGAAUACAGCAAUUUUCUGGACCAAGCGGCCGAUUUUAGCGAGGAAGACCGUGCUAUUCUGGAAGAUCUGGUUGAAGCCGAAGCAGAAAGUCAGGAAGAAGAGGACGAGGAACCGCCCCCGCUGGUGUGUUGUAUUGACUUUGAAUGUGGUUUAGAUGAAAAUAAUGAUUUUGAGGAUGUUCGUGUGGGUUGGCAAUACGUGAAUGUGGAAGGUAGCUACCGCGAAGCAGGCAAGGCGUCGGAUAUGUUGGACGAUGUGAUGGCGAAAACGGUGACGGCUGAAAUGAAAGAACGGAAGGUAUUUGUGUUUGCUCACAAUAUGCGAGGGUUUGAUUCUUCGUUUAUUUUGCAAUUGUUGUAUGAUAAGGGUUACAAAGUCGAAAAGGUCUUGAGUAUGCGAGCGAAAUUUUUGUCGUUUCAGUGCGGUAAUGUGAUUUUUCGGGAUUCUCUUAAUUCUUUUAACAUGCCUUUGGAACGCUUGCCGGCGACAUUUAAUUUGAAAGAAGCGCAUAAGGGUUUCUUUCCUUAUUCUUACAUUUCUAAGACAAGAUUAAUUACACUGGACCCUACCCAAAAGCAGAAGAAUACUGUCUACGAGUAUCAGGGCUGCAUUUUUCACGGAUUCCGUAAAUGUUACCCGAAGCAAGGCAAUAUGAAGCGAUUCUGCCAUCCAGAUCGAGCCGUGGAUGAAGUCUAUGAGGCAACCCUCAAGAAAACGGCCAUCCUUCGUGACGCAGGGUACAACGUGGUUGAAAUGUGGGGUUGUGACUUUACAAACAGAAAGAAACCGACCCAGAGCUGGCCGAAUUCCUAG